AUGUAUCUUGAGCUUCGGAAUCUUUCAAGCAAGAACAAGUAUGAGAAUUACAGCAAGACCGACACAAUAGUGAUUGAUAACGGAACUUAUGAGUGUAAGGCUGGAUAUAGUGGAGAUGGACCCCAGAUGGUUUUCAAAAACGUUUUAUAUCGUCAUAAGGCUGUGUCAUCAAUAGAAAACUUCCAAGGAGCUUCUCCCAAGACUAUGUUUGAUGGGGAUGUUGUGACUAACUUCGAAGUCUUGGAGUAUAUCAUUGAUGAAAUUCUAGAAUAUUUGAAGCCCGAAAGGCUGAAGAACCUUAUAUUCACAGAAAAGAUAUUCAGUCCGUCUCAUACAGAGCUUGUAAAGUUCCUGUUUGAUGUUUAUGGGUUUGAAAGAAUACAAAUUGGAGUGGACAGUUACUAUUCAUACUUAUGGAACUUAGAUCACGAGGAUUGCAUGAUUAUAGACAUGUCACAUUCUGCAACCACGUGCCUUGUCAUCCAAGCAGAACAGAUUGUGGAUGUCUACAAAAUCAAUUUUGGAGGAAAGGCAGCGGGAGACUAUCUCUCGGCAGUGCUGUUUAAUAAGUUUUUUGACAGUAAAAAGAACUACAGGGGGCUAGUCCCAUAUCUGAGAUGCUCUCCAGAUUACAGCAAAGAAUCUGUGGAAAUACUUGAAGAGCUGAAGAUUGGGGAUUAUUCCAGAAACUAUUUUUUAGACGAAGAGCUUGAGGCGCUUAAAGAAAAGCCUAUGGACAAGAAGCAUAAGGUGUAUGCAGCACCAUCAGCCUCCAACUCUAUGCCUGAGAUCGAUAUAGGACUUCUCAACACAGCAGAUACUGAACUGGAUGCAGAGAGGAUCAAAGAGAAGAAGAAACAAAAGAUCCUGUACCACUCCACUCUCCACCGAGUCAAGACUAGAAUUGAGAAGUGUCUGGAAAGGCUAUCUUCGUAUAUCUUGUACAUGGAGGAUGAGAGGGAAAAGCUUGUGGACUUUGAAGGAUUCAUAGGCAAAAAGAAGGCGGAGCUCCAAGCGGUCAAGAGGGAAUUGGAGAUGAGAAGUAAGCUGAGAAGAGAUGCAAAGAACCGAAAGACAUAUGAGUUCCAAGUAAGGUUCAAGGAAGGUGAGUUGACCCCUGACGAGAGAAUACUGUCUGAAAAGAUAAAGGAUGCCGAAGAUCUAGACAAAGAAAACAAAAUCUUAGAAUCCUUGAAAAGCCUUAUUGUUCAGAUCAAGGAGCUUGAUCCCUAUUUUGAACCGUAUACAGCGGAUACAGUUGACCUUCUUAAUGGGCAUUACAUAGGAAGAAUGAAUGUAAAUGUGGACCUCUUGAAAAUUCCAGAGAUAAUUUUUUCUCCCUCCAUCAUAGGACUGGACCAGAUGGGACUAACAGAGAUAAUGGACAGUGUUAGCAGAAAGUACCAAGUGAAGAAGGUGCUACUGACAGGAGGGUUUUCACAGAUAAAGGGAAUCGAUGUACGAAUAAAAAACGAAAUGAGAAGUAUGUCGUUUGUGGGAGAGGUCGAAGUUAUAAGAGCCUCAGACCCCACAAGUGAUUCAUUCAAAGGUGCAAGGUUCUGUGAGGCCUUUCCUACAUACACCUUGGAGGAAUACAGUCGCCUAGGUUUUGAUUAUUUGGCUGGACUAUCCAAUGAAGAAACUACUCCAAAUCCAAACACUUAA